AUGAGCGCGCGCUCGCCGCUGCAGCGAUCUGAGCAGCAGGAGAAUGCGCCGGCGCCUCCCAAGCAUGCCACGAUCCCCCCUAACCCGAGCAGCAGGCUCUCCCCAGCGUCGGCGCAGGCUUCAUCUCGGCCCAGACCUGGCGGGGGUUCGCCCGCGGGCCAAGGAGACCUCAGCUACUUCGAAACGACCGCUUUGGAUCCGACCCUGAACCCGGACGACACGAUUUCGGAGGACGCACUCAGAGAACAUCUUAAGGAUAAUGAAUCGAGCUUCCUUCCGUCGUUGUCGCCAAUCCCUACCGGCUCUGCGAAUGUUGGGGCGACCGCCGAUGACAGCUUUGUCUUCGACUCGCCCGCGAAGCGAUCUGGCCAGCCUUCCAGGAAUUCUACCCAGCGCGAGCCGUCGCAGUCCAAAUCCGAGUCGAGAUAUGAGUUAAGCUACAAAUCGAGGCCGGAAUACACGCACGAGUUUGACUUCAACCCGGAGUCUGAAGAUGAUUUGACGAGAGCAAGCAACACCACAUCCAGCCUAGAGAGGUUUGACUCCUCGCCCGCAGCAGCUGCAGCCGCUCGGUCCAUCUCUCGCACCACGGCAGCUCAAUCCAACCAGAACACGCCCAGGGCCCCGCAGCAAGAGCACGACGAUUCCCUCGUCUUUAGCACUGAAGGCCAGGACCAUGAUGCUGCUUCCUUUCUACACUCUCAGCUCGGCGGCGCUUCUGGGCUUGCCCUGCGCAAUAAGCGCCCCAAGUAUGUCCGCAGUGGCCGCUUCAGUAGCCAACGAUCCUCGACCUCAUCCUUUGUGACCAACCCUGAAUCGCAGGAAGACAGCGACGCUACUGUGGGCACUGUAGGGCUGGGACUGGACUAUGCGCUACAUUCCGGGGGAGCAGUGCCAAAUACUCGAUCUCCCAACAAUCUGUUGCUGCGAUCUAUAAGCAUGGGCAGCAUGGCUUCUGGCCUCGGAACUGAUGAAUUUGGUGACAACACGCGCCAGCUGGAACCGUUGGCCGAGGUGGAUACUCCCACCCGAGGAAGAGACAGCAGCUACAAGAUGGUGACACCCAAGGCAAAAGAUAGCAUCAGCACAGCUCCUACGGAUACCGUCAUAGCCCAACACGUUAAGAACGUCCACGUCCCAGAUUCGGUUGCGAAAGAGUUCAAAUUCGAAAAUGGCCUACAAACCCCACGAUUGUCCGGCUCGACGGUUACUGCAAUGAAUAGCACCAAGGCCACGGGCAAAGGCGGCAACAAGACCUGGACGCUAAAGGAACAGAGCAGUACCAUUGAGAGGCUAUCCAAAGAAAACUUUGACCUCAAGCUCAAAGUCAUGUUCUUGAGCAAAAGGCUCGACACCUUGUCGGAAGAAGGUCUUAAGGAGAUGAUAUCCGAGAACGUUGAGCUGAGAACGAAUCUUGCUAUAACAACGCGAGACAACAAAAUUCUGCGAAAACGAGUCAAGGAACUAGAAAAGAAGGAGAAAGAAGACGAAGAGAGACCAAGUACUGCGCGCAGCGCUGCCUCUUCGACGGACCAGACCGCCAAGAUGUAUAACGAGGAGGCCCAAGAACGGGAAGAAGAGCUCAUGUUUUUGCGAGAGCGCGUUGAAACGUAUGCCACGGAGAUUGAAAGACUCCGAAACGAGACCCAAGAUAGGGAAUCGGAGAAGAAAAAACUGUCAGAUAUUGUCAAGACGCUGGGCGAACGGUCCGGAGACGCUUUCGGCCGCCAGGAAGAGGCGGAUGUCUGGAAGGACUUGUUGGAGCAGGAGACUGCGCGCAGAGAGCAGUCGGAUGAGGACAAUAGGAAGCUGCGAGACGAAGUUUUCCGGCUCAAGAAGGAGAUGUCUGGUGCCGGUACGGGCAUGCUGCACCAUACGACCAACAUUUACAACAUUACCAAGAAACCACGAGACCGGGGUGCUUCGCCGGGUAGACCCAUGUCCAGCGUGUCUGGCGAUGCCGAUGGUUCUCAUGCCAACUUCAGCGCAGCCAGCACCUUGGUCGACGAACUGCGGCGGGAGAGCGAGCAGCUGCGCCACGAGAAUGCCGAACUUCGUCGUGAGGUUGGAGCUCAGACCUCGAUGCUGACAUCCAGAAAUCGCGAAAAAGAACGCCUGUACCAGGAAAUUGAGGAUCUCAAAAUGGCUCAGCGGCGUGGCGGUCCUGCUCCGUCAACUAUUGACAGUCUCUUGGAGCGAUCUGCAUCGCGCGCCGGCGCCCUUGAGAGACCAAGCUCGAGGAACAGUGUUCGGACUAGGCAGCUGACAGCGGAGGAUGAGGCGGAGCGCGAGGAGAUGGAAAAUAAAAUGGCUGAGUUGCGGGACAAAGUCAGCGAGGUGAAACUUCAGAACCAGGAUCUGCAGCGGGAAUUGGAGAGCUGCAUGGCCGAUUUUGAACUUGCCAUUAACCAAAAGCGCGAGGCAGACGAGGCACUCAUGAGUAUGCAGGAAGAGCUCGACAACGCGACGAACGACUUGAUUGCCCUGCAGUCAGAGCGUGAUGAGGCGUUGAGGGAGCAUGGUGAAUUGGAGGCCAACUUUGAGGACCUUCGCAGCGAGGCUCAGGCCGAGAUUGAUGCCCUGGAGGCGGAGGUUCAGCGGCUGCAGGCUGAUCUGAGUGACAGAUCCGAAAACUUUGAGAGUUUGCAGAAGGAGAUGCGACAGAUGAGCGAAGCCCUCCUUGGCCUUGAAGACGAGCAAGAGCACAAGCUUCGGCACAUCCAGCAGCUUGAGGAAGAACAGGCUAACCAAACACACCGCAUCCAGCACCUAGAGCAGGAGCAAGAGUCUUCCAACAAGGAGCUGGAGGAAUUGGAGCAGAAGCUACUCGAGUCCAACGAAAAGAACCAGCGCCUUUCCGUCCAGCAGGAGUCCUCCCAGGGCGAGAUUUCAUUCCUUCGGGAAGAGCAGGAAGCAGACAAGAUUCGCAUCGGUGAUCUGGAAGCGGCCCUUUCUAAUGUAGAGAGAAGCUUGGAAGAUGAAAAAGAGCGAGUCAAGGAGUUGGAUAACAGGAUGCAGGAGGAGCGCGCUCAAUGGGAGGAUGUUACCACCAAGAAGGAUGCAGAUGUCCAGCAGAUAUUUGCCAACCUCCAACGAGAGAAUGCCGGCGCCAAAGACGAGGUCAAGCGGCUGCGUAAAAGCCUGUCGUCUCGUGAAGUCGAGGCGACGGAGUGGAAAGAGCGGCUGCUGGAGCUGGAGAAUAACUUGAGGGAAGCAUUGGGUGACCUGAACGGCACCCGGUCUUCGCUGCUAAAGUCUAUUGCACGGAUGCAGCGUGAACUCGAGAACACUGUUCGUGAACUCGAUACCUCUAAAGCGGCAUUAGUCGAGAAGGACCGCAUCAUUAAGCAGCGUGAUUCGCUCAUGGAGUCACACGCCCUGGAAACCCGCAAAAUCACUGAAUUGCUUGAAAAAGAGCGGGUUGCCCACCGCAAUACCAAGUCUCAAUUCGAGUCGUUCCAAAAGACACACCAGCACCUUACCCGAACGGCCAGCACGCAAGAUGUCCGCAUUAGCGAACUGGAGGCUACGAGAGGCCAGGAUCGCCGGAAGCUUGCUAUGCUGGAGCAGACGGCCCGCGAGCAGCUGUUGGAGAGGAAUGAGCUGCUGCUUCUUCUGUGGCACAAGCUGAGUACGCUCUGCGGCCGAGAGUGGGCUAACAACAAUACACUGGUGGAUCGGCAAGUUGUGCCGACACUCGAGGUCAUCGCGAGUCGCCUCCCAGGAUUUUCCAAGAAUCUCCUUGCCGCUGUUAAGACCAUUGAGGGCAUGUUCGCGGCGCUGCAGACAAAGAUCAAGUCAGUUGAGAAGGAUCUCUAUCGCGAGUAUCAGGCGCUGGAGAACAAUCUGGAUGUGCGAAUCAAGAAGCUUGACCGACUAGAGACCAUGGUCCGCAACUCAGUUGCCGCUGGCUCGCUGGGCUCUCAUGAGGUGUCGAACCGUAUGAUACGUCUCGAAGAGGCAUAUCGCCAGCUCAAGGUGGAAAAUGCUACGCUGAGGACUGCUAAUGAUGUUCGUGCUCGCGCGGCUCAUCAAGCUCCCGGAGGAGGCUCCGAAGCCAGUGCCGGUUCGCCGUCGCCCAUGGCUUCCCGUGGACCUGGCGAUCGUGCUUCCAAGAGCAGGGCUUCAUCUGCCGUGCGUGCCCCGUCCGCUUCUGGAAUUCCAGUGUCAUCGUCAAGAGCUUCUGGGCUCGGUCUCAUGGAUGCGACAAAUUCCGACGGGAAUAGUAACGACAAUCGUUGGCUACUGAGACUCCGGGAUAUGGAGUACAAGCUGAAGAUGGAGCGAGAAGGGCGCAACCAGGACAGGCAAGCGGCAAGGCAGCGACUCGGCGGCCUGGAAACAGAAAACCGAGAUCUGAGGGAGAAGGUGAGGCGCGCAAACCAGGACACCGAAUAA